UGGCACGCGGUUCCCAUGGCGACGGGGCCUGCGCCACCCUCCCUACCAUGCCCAGGGCCAGCGAGACGCUGUGGGAGCUCGCCCAGGCCGCGGCGGAGCGGGGAGGAGACGCGGAGGGCGCCGCCGACAAAGCCCUGCUGUUCCUGGGAAGCAAGGCCGGGGGAAAGACUACUAUUAUACUGAGGUGUCUUGACAGGGAAGAAAUUCCAAAACCAACAUUAGCCUUGGAAUAUACAUUUGGAAGAAGAGCAAAAGGACAUAACACACCAAAAGACAUCGCUCAUUUUUGGGAACUAGGUGGUGGAACCUCAUUAUUGGAAUUGAUUCAGAUACCAAUAACUAGUGACAACAUAAAGACAUUUGCUAUAGUUCUUGUUUUGGAUCUCUCCAAACCCAAUGAACUCUGGCCAACCAUGGAAAGUCUCCUGCAGGUCACCAGAAACCACCUGAACAAACUUAUAACUAAGUUGGGAAAGACAAAUCCUAAAGUCGCUACUGAAAUUCAAGAGAAGAUGUGGAACAACAUACAGAAGGAUCAUCCGGAUUAUGAAUUAAUUGACCCUUUUCCAAUUCCUCUGGUGAUAAUUGGAAGCAAAUAUGAUAUUUUUCAUGAAUUUGAUUCUGAAAUGAGGAAAAUAAUAUGCAAGACUCUUCGUUUUGUUUCACAUUAUUAUGGAGCAUCAUUAGUGUUUACAGGCAAACCUGAUACCCUUCUUCUGAAAGCACGUAUUCUUAUUAAUCAUUUGGCCUUUGGCUUUGACAGAAGUAAAUCCGUAUCAGUGGAUCAAAAUAAACCACUGUUUAUCCCAGCAGGAUUAGAUUCUCUAAGUCAAAUAGGACCACCACCUGCCUCAGACAGUGAUAUUGGAAAACUAUAUGCUCAUACACCAUUGGAUUUGUGGAAGAAAGUAUAUGAAAAAACAUUUCCACCUAUGAGGAACAGUGACCUAAAAGAUUCCAAGGAUCCUGCCCUGGAUCCCCAGUAUGCUGAGUAUGAAAUAGAUGCAAUGAGAACUCAGAAGAACCAGUUACUUCAGAUUAUCUGUAAUGACUGUGACACUUCGGACUCAAGGGGACAGUUUAUUUCAAUGUUCUUUAAAGUAAUGUGCAAGUACAACAUAAUUUAGCAGGAUUGUCUAUCACUAUGUUGGUAAAGUGCCUAGUGAACUGGAACAAUAUAAGAGAAAUGCUUCCAAGUCCUGGAAAGAAAUGGAGUUGGAAUCUUGACUUACUUAAAGGCUAAAUUCUCACCCUGUUUUUAAUUUUGAUUUUGUACAUUUGUUUUGACUAUUACACAACUCAUUUAAAUAGGUAUUUUGUACAGUUGGCAAAAUAAUACCACAAA